AUGUACGUGGCUCUCUGGUACAAAUACGGGAAGCCGAUCCACGGACGAGCAUGGAAUAACAACGGCGGUGUGGAGUGUUCAUUUCCAUACAAGAAAGCAGAACUCACCACAAAACGUGAACUCGAAGGGCACAUUCAAAUUCUCACAUAUAAGGGCAACUACAAGACACUAGGAUACUGGUAUGAAUGGCUGCCACUGAAAUCCCGAUUCGACGACACUACAGAUCGUGAACUUGUAAAGUGUGGGCAGUCGACGCCUAUUCUGAUGACAUGCGCCGACAAGGAGAAACGUCUUGGAUAUCUCGACUUGAGCACAGAAGUCGCUAUGGUCGCCUACAAUAAAAAAGUGGAGCAAAUAGCUGGCGGAGCCACGCAAGAGUGCCUCGGAAUCUUCCGGAAUUACAAACCACCACCAAAUGUGAUCGUUGAAGACGAUCAAUGGGAAGAUACCAAAUGGGGAAACGAGUUCCCGAAAAACGUUGAACCGGCGAUGAAGCGAGAGUUGAAAACGGCACCCGACGUCCCGAAAUAUCAAUACGUUGCAUUAUGGUACAAGCACGGUGAACCAGUUUUCGGUCGUGCCUAUCCCGGGAAAGAUGGAAAACUGAUGGCCAGUUUCGGAGCGAAAAACCAAGAAAACUGUGGACCAGAGAUCGGAUCGUUACAAAUUUUGACACUACCUGAUCCAAGCUGUGUAAGUGCUUUGAGGAACGUCAUGAAUGUGUACAUUCAGAUGGGUCUGGAGUACAAGUGGAUGACACUAGCUGAUGGGAGAGCUGAUGAGGCAAAAAAGUGGGAGCCAGUGCAUGUUGGUACCGCUGCACCAGCGGUAUGUGUAGACGAUGAUGGCGUUGAGAUGUUCACUGGAGCGGCUCCGAUGAAAUUCCAUGUGCUUCAUCACAGGAAGCUGCAUUGA